ACACUGGUCACGAUACGGUAUACCAGUAAUUGUACCAAAAAAUAUACCAAACCAGACCAAUAACAACCAAUAAUGGCGUAUGCCGGCUAGCCAGAUGCGAUUUUGUAGUGUCAUGAAGAUUGGUGUAAAGAAAUCAAUAUGGCCCUCAAGCUUGGAAAAUGUAGGCUCUGCCUCAAACUCGGUGACUUUUAUUCCAUCUUUACGAUGGAUAACAACCUACAGCUCGCGGAGAUGGUUAUGGAAUGCGCUCGAGUAAAGAUAUAUGAAGGAGAUGGACUACCAGACAUGAUAUGUUCAGAGUGUAUUCAGAAGCUUAGCAGUGCACACAUAUUCAAGCUGCAGUGUGAAAGAUCGGAUCAGGAGUUGCGACGGAAUUAUGUUCCUCCACCUGGUUUCAGUGCUGUACCUUCACCCUCAAACCGGCAGAGCAGUGACUCUGCAUUCUCCAACAACACCGAUGUGUCUAUUAAGACUCAGGCUACAACAUCACCGAUAGAAACAAAAGUCUCUCCUGCCAGCCGGAGCAGAAAACGCAGUGCAGAAAGUGUUGACAAUACGUCAUCCAGUGGACAAUCCUAUGACUACCGACCCACCUCAACCAAACGAGUGACAGAACUUCGGGCCACAGAUAAAAGGCCAAAAAGAACUCUUAACUCUUCUUAUGCAAACUCCGACUAUGAAGACAAUAGUGCAUCCCAAUGUUCCGUCGAAACUGACUCCGAUGAACCAUCAAAAAACGAAUUCAAAUGCAAAGUAUGUGGCAAAGAAUUCGCCUCACAAAAGUCUGUGUCUGCUCAUUCCAAAGUUCAUUUAAGGAAAGGUUACAAGAAUGUUAUAGUAAAUAUACCGCAACCAGUUGAGAACAAAGUGGAGAAUGCAAAUGAUAUUGAAGAUAGGAUAGAGUGUGAGAAAUGUAACAAGAAAUUUAAAUUGAAAAUAAUGUUAAAACGCCACCAAGAGACAUGCGGAAAAAUACUAUCGAAGUCACUAAUUAAAGAGUUGCAAGUUUCUCUGGAGCCAAUUGAUGCUGACUCCCCGCAAAAUAAGAUUGAAUGUGAAAUGUGCUCAAGCAAAUUUAAAAGUAUUGAGAACCUGGAGAAACAUAUGAGAGUAGUACAUGCGGCUGUUUUAAAACGCGAUAAAUAUGACGAAAUAGUUGAAAACGGUGCAAACGGAGUACCUUGUUACUUUUGCUCGCAACCAUUCGACGACUAUAAUGUUUACAUUGAACACUUUGAUACAUGUUCAGAGAAGCGCGAUGUUAUUAUUUUCACUUGUCCAAUCUGUCGCAAAGUUUUGUCUAAAGAGAGCACUUUUUUCCUUCAUAUAAAAAAUAUGCAUUUGUCUGUUAGCGGGGAACAAAGCAAAAGUGAGGAAAAAUCUAUAGAAGGAUCAUUUGAAUGUCGCAUAUGUAGCAAGAAGAUGGGGACCCAGAACCAGCUCAUAAGUCAUCUGGCAGGGCAUAUGUCCAACAUGGGUGAAGAGGAAAUGGCUGAAGUCAAUACAUGUCAAAGUCCUAUAGACGAUGAAUCAGAUUUAACAAACUACACAAAUACUCAUGUAUCUUCUGGACCUCUGAAGUGUAGCAUGUGUGAGAAACGAUUCACCUACAAGAAAGCCCUGGUCACACACGAGCAGAAGCACUUGGAUGGAGAAUUAGAAAUAAAACAAGAAUCAGAGGAGAAGGACACCAGUUUGUUGAGCGAGUCCUAUCGUCAGUCCGAGUCAGAAUCUAGUCAAGAAGAGGAUGACGACAAUACAUGCGAUAUUUGUGAGAAGCAAUUUUCUUACAAACGUCUCUUGAUUCAGCACAAGAAGACCAAACACAACAUGAGCUCAGGCACAAAGCGAGCCAAGAUCACCCUCAAAGACUGCAGUGUGAAGUGUCUUAUCUGUGACAUAGAAAUGAAAGUUAGCGCAAUCAAUGAGCACAACCAGAAACACACAACUGUUAACAUAAAGCCUCGUAACUUGUACACAUGUGCGGAAUGCAACGAAAAGUUUAAGAGCUGCAGCUCACUGGCUACUCACAUUAAGUUGGUGCACCGGCUGAAGCAACCGCAAGCACCCAAGCUGCAGCGCGCCGAGUUGGCGGAUUUUUGUGAGGUCGUCGUGACCAAGACGGAACCUCUGGCAACGGGCCAGGGCCGCGACGACCUUGUGACGGUUCCGUCUACUGACGAGUCCUCGCCACUAGUCAAUCUGUCCGGCUUCACAUGCCCCACAUGCGGCAAGCAGAUGCCCACCUUGGUAUCACUAAAGAGGCACAUCAACUGGCAUUCUAAUGUCGGUAACAACAUUGAAAAGAAGGUGGAGUGUUUCGUCUGUAAAGAGGUAUUCCGGUUCCAGUGCCACUACCGGCUGCAUAUGCGAGAACACUACAAGGACACGAACCUGGACCCAGCGCUGCUUACCUGCACCAUCUGCAACCGCAAGAGCAAGCACCUCCGCGCCGCGCAGGCACACAUGAAUUUCCACAAACAGACGCGCUUCAAGAACAAAGACUACCAGUGCUCCAUCUGCAAGAGAGUCUUUCAGUUCCGGAAGGUAUAUCUUUCUCACAUGGCGAUACACUACAAGCGCGGUGAGAGCGCCAACAACACAGUGGUCGGUGUCGAGCUGGCAGCCGGCCGCGUGGCCGUCGCCGCGCACACUUGCCAACAUUGCGGCAAGGUGUGCGACUCCGAAGUCUCCCUCAAGCACCAUGUGAUAUGGCACAAGUCGAAGACCUCGCUCUUCGGCGCCCGCCAUGAGUGCAACAUUUGCGGCAUUAUGUUCACCAAUAAGAGAACGCUGGAGCUGCACGUCCGAUCUCAUUACGAGGACGAUAAUGGCCCUUACAAAUGUACGAUAUGCGGGAAAGGAUUCAUCGACGAAGUAUAUCACAGGAAACACGUGAAGGGGCACAACUUUGACCAUCAAUCGCACCAGGCGAGGAUAGCAAAGCUCAGGAAGGACAAAGUAAAGUGCCCAAUCUGUAACCGAUACUAUCCCGAUCUCGUGAAACUCAUUCGCCAUCUGCGGCGGACGCAUCCUGAGAGCAAAAUGAUAAAGGAGGAUCCGGACGCGCCUCAGCAGAGCUACUUCUCGUGUAAACUGUGCGCCAAAGUAUUCCUAGACGAGCGCAGGCUGCAACACCACGAGGAGGCUCACUUGAGGAAGCCGGAGUUCUUUAUAUGCAAGUUCUGCGGCAAGAAGACCAUGUCGCUGAAAAAUCACCGGGUACACAUUAAAGCUCACUUGUCACAAAAAUAUUUAGAAGAGCCCCUCAAGUGCACGCAUUGCGAGGAAUCUUUCACGCGAGGCUACGACCUGCACUACCACUUGCGCGACGCGCACGACAUCAACGAGACUUGGAUAGCGGAGCGCACCGAGAAGACGCUCAAUGGACCUCUCAAAGAGUUCCAGUGCUCCAUCUGCCUUAAGAUACUCGCGAGCAAAGGCAACUUCGAGCGGCACAUCGAUUACCACAACUCACUGAGGUGCAACUACUGCUUCGACUAUUUCAGCUCCCUCAGGUUCUUGGAGGGGCAUCUCGCCUUCAGCUGCGACAAGAAGAAACUCGUCGGCGACACGGAGGUGCACCCCCGGAAAGUGAAGUGCCAUAUAUGUUACAAAGCAUUUCAUCUUCAAGUUAAAUUGGACUGUCAUCUCAGGACUCAGCACAAUAUUAAAGUUUGUAAAGAAGUGACUGAAGGUAAAAAGGAUUUUGUUUGCGAUUAUUGCUUUAAAGUAUUCGAGAAUGAGUAUGCCUUGAGUACUCAUAAGAUCUAUCAUCGCACCGUUGGCUUCUACGGCUGCCUGUACUGCAACCGCAAGUUUAACACACUGACGCUGUUCAAGAAACAUAAGAACCACCAUCUUGCGCAACUAAACGUCGACAACCCGACAAAGUGCGAGCAUUGCGACGAGACUUUUGUCGCAUUUAGAGAGUUUAUAUACCACAUGAAGGACGUCCAUGGGGACGAUAAGGAAUGGACCGUAAUGCCCAAGGAGUCGAUAGAAGAAAAGUGCCAUAUUUGCAACAAAAUAUUCUUCAACCUCCACAAACAUUUGGCAUACCAUGAAGAGAAUAGAUGUAAAAAAUGCUCAGAGUAUUUCUACUCUCAGAUCGAGUAUGACAAUCACCUGUGUGCGAUCGACAGCGAAGAAGAGGUCGACGAUAAGCACGAGAGCGAUCUCACACUCACACCUAAAUACGAGGAGUGCGCGUUUUGCUUCAAGCCCACAACGAAGAAGAACUCACAGCGACUGCACGACCACAUCCACAAGGUGUCCGGCUCCAUCUCGUGCCGCUUCUGCCAUCUCAAGUUUAAAACUAUCGACGCGUUCAACAUUCACGCGUUCUCCCACCGCAGCAGGAAGUACAACAAGAAGCCGAUAAAAUGUCGGCAGUGCGGCGAGAAGUUCGUGCGCUACGGGCCCUUCAUACGGCACAUGAGGGCGGGCCACAAAUCGAAGCAGAAGUUGCACUACCGCGCCAUGGUGCGCCCGGAGCCAUGCGUAGUCUGCGGCGACCUCUUCCCCAAUUUGCACAAACACUACCGCGCUCAUCUCCAGAACCAGUGCCAGCAGUGCCGCAAAUAUUUCACCUCGUCCAAGGUGUUCUCACUGCACCAAUGCGACAAAGAGGAUUCCGACCCAUCGAAAGUGUUCACCUGUGAUGAGAACCUCGUGGCUCUCAUUAAUUCUUACACGCCCAAGGACGAAAAAGACGACGAGAAAUUCUACGGGCACAGCGACGAUGAAGACGAGGGGGCUGUGGAGCCGAAUUUGAUUGAACACAAUGAUUACAUGACACAGGAUGAGGAGAGUCAAAAUUCCACGGAUAUGAAUAUUCACCAAAUGGUCCACGCGCCCAUUAUAUCAGAAGUUCUGUCGCUUUACCAGCAAAAGGAAGAAGAGAUGCCAAACAAUGUUGUCGACUUGGUGGACGACAACAGCCUCGAUGGUGAAGAUGUUGUAAACAUCAUAACAAUAGAUGACUGAUUUAAACUAACUAAUUACCUAACGUUGAUGUGGAACUGAUAUUAU